CGAAAACAAACCACAAGUGUCAGCCAAUUGUUUAGUGUUUACGAAGGUUUUACUGUCUUAGUGUUUUCACAUCGACUGCUCGGGUGCUUUGCGCUGUUAUGUUGCGUAGAGCUGGCUGAGCUUCGUAUGAAGUGCUGCCGUUCGUUGCGUGUUUUAUAUAUUAUUUUAAGUUAAAAACAAAACAGUGAUGUGUUCGUGAUAUAUCGUGUAACAGUCAAGUAUGCUCGUGGGUGUUAACUAUACAUUUUCUCAAAGUUUAUUAGCAAUUAUAUGUAUUUAUAUAACAAAAUAAUAUGUCAGAAGAAGUAUUGGCGGCAGCGGCGUUAGCCCUGAUUAUUUUAGCUAAAAGGAGAAAAGAACGUCGAAAGAAAACUAAGCGUUGCUGGGUGCAGCCCUGGCUGCAAACAAGAGAUGAAGAAGGAAGAGGAAUUUAUAAUACGUUAAUGAAUGAGGAGAGACCAGAAGAUCCGCUUGAAUUUUCCAGAUUUGUGCGGAUGGAUUGUGCAUGUUUUGACAAGCUACUGUCAUUUAUUGGCGUGCAUAUUCGUAAGGCAAACACCGUCAUGAGGGACUCAAUUUCGCCGACCCAAAGGCUGGCAGUAACAUUGCAGUAUUUAACAACAGGAGAGACCUAUCAGAGCCUGUCAGUUGCUCACAGAAUUUCUGUUCCAUGUAUUUCGAAAAUGGUUAUGGAAGUGUGUUCCGCAAUUUGCAGUACAUUGAAAGACAAGUAUUUAAAGGCUCCAGCUACAGAGAAAGAAUGGGAAAUAAUUGCAAGAGAGUUCGAUGAUUUAUGGCAGUUUCCACAUUGUAUAGGUGCUCUGGAUGGGAAACACAUUGCAUUCUCUCCUACACAAUUUAGUGACUCUUUUGACAAUAAGAAAUUUAAUAGCAUAGUUUUGCUUGCUGUUGUGGAUGCACGAUAUCGUUUCAUACUUGUGGAUAUUGUUUGUAGCAACAAAGGCAAUGAUGUGGAUGUGUAUGUCAAUAGCAAAAUUGGUACUGCACUGCAAGAGAAUUCACUCAAAGUUCCGCAGGAAAGAGUUCUUAAUUGCAGCAGCAUUUCAGUACCUUAUGUAAUGGUAGCAGGUGAUGCUUUUAGCCUACAGCCAUAUAUUGUGAAACCUUACAAGCACUGUGAAGGUGAAAAGUCCAAAACUUUCAACAGCAGAUUAUCAAGGGCAAGACAUGUAGUUGAUAAUGCUUUCAGUAUUUUGGCACGCCGUUUUAGAGUUGUGUUACGUACAAUAAAGCUACCUAUAGAGAAAACUGAAGUUCUUAUCAAAACAGUGUGUCUUUUACAUAAUUUCUUGAUAGAUGAAGCAGACAGCACCUAUCUGUCAAGCAUGAACUCUGUGAACACUGGCCAAGACCAAGUAGAGGGUACUUCUUGCAGUGAGGAUUGCAUUUUGCAAAGCAUCCAUCAACAACAGGAAAACCACAUAUCAUCGGCUGCAAUAGAUGUCCGUGACAAGUUUUGUGAAUAUUUCAGCACCAGUGAAUAUGUACCACAGCAGUAGAAUUUUGUAAAUAAAUUUACUGUCAUAUAUUUCAUAGGAAUAUUAUUAAAUUUCUAUUUUGAGUA